AAAAUUAAAAAUAGAAAAACGAGUUAGGGUUUACUUUUCCAUCUGAAGAAGGGGGAAGAGCAACCUUUGCGAAGAACCAAAGAUGCCGAAGAACAAAGGAAAGGGAGGAAAGAACCGUAAGAGGGGAAAGAACGAGGCCGAUGACGAGAAACGUGAGCUUAUCUUCAAAGAAGAUGGCCAAGAAUACGCCCAAGUCUCACGCAUGUUGGGUAACGGCCGCUGCGAAGCUAUGUGCAUCGACGGCACCAAGCGCCUCUGCCACAUCCGGGGGAAGAUGCACAAGAAGGUCUGGAUCGCCGCCGGCGACAUCAUCCUCGUCGGCCUUAGGGAUUAUCAAGAUGACAAGGCUGACGUCAUCUUGAAAUACAUGCCCGAUGAAGCAAGGCUUCUCAAAGCUUACGGUGAGCUACCCGAGAAUACCAGGUUGAAUGAAGGGAUUGCUGGCGGCAUUGAUGAGGAAGAUGAUGGUGCAGGCGAUGAUUACAUCGAGUUCGAGGAUGAGGACAUCGACAAGAUUUAAAUUUCUCUUCUCUUUUUUGUCAUUUUUGAAUUUAUUUUAAGAUAUGGUGGUGAUAUUUGGCGUAUGGUCAUGCUUUAUUAAGCACAAUGGAUGCUGGAUUUAUGUUAUUACACAUGGAUUUACCUUUUAUUAUGUUAAUGGCAUUGUUUUCUCUUUAAAUUUGA